GGUCCCUGGGACGGGACCGUCUCCGUUUUCCCCGCUUCCGCGACAUCAAAAAACACCAUCCCCUUCCCCCCCUCUAAACCCUCAGCCUGAAAUUUCACUGCAUUCCACAAUAAAAGUCCUUUUUUUUUUUGCCUGCUCAGCGGUUUCUCAGUUAAGCGGUGGUUGAGCCGGUCCGAGGUGCGAGGCCCUGACGCUGAACAUGACUCAUGGGGAGGAGCCUGGCUCUGAGACUCACCAGGACUCCGCCGUGCUAACUUAUCUGGAAGGCUUACUCAUGCAUCAGGUGGCGGGAGGCCCCGGUGCCACGGGCGCGAGGCGCGCGGAGGCCGGCGGGCGCGACGGCGGCCCCGAGCCGAGGCCGCCCCCGUCCCGCCACGCCCCGGCCGGCCACGCCCCCGCCGCCGGCCCCGAGCAGGACCGGAGGCCUCCGGCGGGGGGCGCCGCCGCUUCGCAGCACCUCCGGAAGGCCCGGCUGCUCCGCUCGGAGGAGGGCUGGGCCGGCGGGCCGGAGGCGGGCCGGCUGCGGGCCCUGGGGGCGGAGCCGGCGCCGGCGCUGAACGGGCGGGGCCGGGGGGAGCCGCUCCAGCGCGGCGGCGGCGGGGGCGGGGGGGCUCUGGAGGGCUCCCCGAAGUGCAAGGGCGGGGAGAGCACCCUGCUGGCCUCCCUGCUGCAGUCCUUCAGCUCGCGGCUGCAGACCGUGGCCCUGUCCCAGCAGAUCAUGCAGAACCUGAAACAGCCCGAGCCCGCCCCCCUGGGCCAGGGCGGGGAGCGCGACCGCGCCGCCGCCGCCGCCGAGCCCCGCCCCUGCCUGGGCGCCGCCUCCAGCCGCCUGAAGGGCUUCCUGAAGAAGAGCAAGACGCAGAGCCACGGCGGCGUGCCUUACCGCCGGCGGCCCACCCCGGGGAGACUGGCCCCGUCCCCUCAGCCCCCGACGGGCGGCGGCAAGGGGGCCGGCGUCGGCACGGCGGCGGCGGCGGCGGCGGCGUCCGCCUCGGACUCGCUGUCCUGCGCGGCGCGCCUGAAGGCCGUGGCCAGCCUGGUGAACACCCGGGCGAGCCCCGCCCCCUCGCCCUCCCCGAGGCCCAGCGUGGCCUGCAGCCAGCUGGCGCUGUUGCUUAGCAGCGAGGCGCACCUGCAGCAGUACUCCCGCGAGCAGGCCCUCAAGGCCCAGCUCUCCGGCCGCUCGGCCAGCGAGAGGCUGGCCGCCAUGGCGACGCAGCAGUCGCAGCUGGACCCCGGCGGCCCGGCAACCCGGCCCUCCCCCGACGCGCUGGCCUCCCCGAACGCCCGAAACGGGGCGGCGCUGUCGCCGGCGGGGCCGGGCACCGGGGGCGGAGCCUCGUCGCCCCGGAGAACGCCGCAGCCCCCGAAGGAGAGGCGGGGCUUCGACAGGGGCUCGGCCCGGCCGUCCCAGAACUGCAGCAGCCUGCUGCUGCACCUGCUGAACAACCACCACGCGCAGAAGCACGCCAACGGCCACGCCCACGGCCACGCCCGCCCGCGGGACUACCGCGACGACCGCGCCGCCCGCCCCGCCCGCCCCGCCCGCGGCUCGCCCCUCCCGUCGGACGGCGAGUACUCCAGCCCCGAGAACGGCCUCCUCCCGCCGCGGGACGGCAGCGACACGGAGAGCUCCCGCUCCAGCGGCUCCCCCAUCGACCUGUCCGUCCGGAGCCGGGCCCCGGGGGCCCCGCCGGGCUCCUCCUCCUCCUCCUCCUCCUUCGCCUCCUCGUCCUUCUCCUCCUCGUCCUCCUCCUCCCUGGACAGGCUGACGGAGUCCCUGAUCAACCGCUGGAGGCCAGAGAACCCCCCGCCCCCGCCCCUCCCCCCGCCCCUCCCGCCGCCGCCGGUGGCCGUGAAGAAGGAGCCGGAGACGGCCCCCCCGGUCAGGCCGCACCACAAGGUGACGCUGCUGCAGCUGCUGCUGGACCACCGGAACGGCGAGGGCGGCAGGGGCCAGAGGAGCUCGGACAGCCCCGACGGGCGGCAGGGCGUGGCCCUUCAGCCCCCCCACACAGCGGGGGGUCUGGGCGUGGCCCGGGUGCGGCCGCCGGCAGACUUACGCCGGUGUGCAGGCCCGAGGAGAGCAGCGGGCGGAGCCCCCACGGUGGGCCAGGCGGUCGCGGGUUCCAGGCCCCCCCGCCGUUCGCCCGGGGCGUGGACUCGAACGGCGGCGCGUCCCGGUACAGCCCGUGCCCCGCCCCCCCCCGCGCAGUCCGCCCCCCUGAACCUGUGCAAGUCGGAAGCCCCCUCGAACCCGGACGCCGACGCCCGGGAGCCCGCCUUCACCGCCAGCAAGCUGCUGCAGAACCUGGCCCAGUGCGGACUGCAGACGCCCCCGAAGACCCCGCUCCCCCCUCCCAGGCUGAGAGCCGACCCCCCCGUCACCCUCCUGGAGAGGCUGAACACCCCCAUCCUGAGGAACGGCACCCCCCUGUCCGGCGUGCCUCUCGCCCCCGUCGUGAGCAACGGGUCCCACGUUUCGGACGCGCCCCGGACCAGCCCCCCCAAUCCCCCCUCGGAGAUCCAGACCCUCCUGGAGAGGCGCACGGUCCUCCAGCUCCUCCUGGGCGCCACGGGCGGCAGGGAGAAGCCCCCGGCCGGCGGGGGGAGGAGGAAGAGGGCGGCGUGCGGGGGCGCGCCCGCGGAACAGCGGCCCGACCAAUCGAGCCGCCGCGACAGCCCUCCUCCGGACGUCCGGAUCAAGACGGAGCCCGAGGAGGACGACCGGGCGGCGCCCGAGGGCGAGCCGCCGCCGAGCUGGGGGGGAGGGGCCGGCGAGACGCUCCGCCCCCUGUCGGCCGCCGCGCGCCACGCGGACGUCAAGCCCGAGCCCGGGUCCCCCGGCGCCGUCCCCAGGGACGGCCUCCUGAGCCAGCUGCUGAGGCAGCGGUGCCGGAGCCUUCCGGUGAGCACCCCGACGGGGGCUGUGAUGUCCGCCGCUGCAGCCGUGAAGGAGGAGCCCAGCGAGCCCCAGGCCCCGCCCACCGAGCCCCAGGCCCCGCCCGCCGAGUCCCAGGCUCCGCCCAUCCCUAAAAAGCGACGGGUCUGCAUCGAGGGAUUCCCUCAAGAGCGGCUGGUUAGCGCUGCUAGCGGUGUCGGCGGUGCCCGGCGCUCGGUCUCGGGUUCCCCUGAACGACUGGCGACCCAAAACGGGGGGAGCCCGCCGGAGCCCGACUCCCCCAGCAGGGGUCACGCGGGGAACUCCCCGCCGGCCGACGCCCGGGGGGGGGGCUUCAACGUCCUCAAGCAGCUCCUGCUGUCCGACAACUGCCUGAAGGACCUGUCCCAGCUGCAGCCCCGCCGGGGCAGCCCCAGCCCCAGCCCCUCCGGCCCCCGCCCCUCAGACCUCGGGGCGAACGGGACCCCCCCCCCGGCGAGGCCCGGCCACCUCUACAAGCUGGCCGCCUCUCCCUGGGACCACGCCCCUCAGGGGUCGGGGGUCGCCGACCGCGCCCGCUCUGCCUCGCCUCCUCCUCCCUGGGGGGUGCGGGACUCCCCCAAAGCGAACCUGGUCCCCGUGAAGAGGGAGGCGGAGGCCGAGGCCGAGGGGACCGCGCGAUGGGCGGCGGGUGUGGAGGAGAGACCCGACUCGCCCCGCCUCACCCAGGCCAACCCCAUCCUGUACUACAUGCUGCAGAAGAGCAACAGCCACCUGGGCCGGGGGGGCCGGGGCGCCAGGGGGGCGCUCUGCAGCGCGGGGGGGGCGCAGGGGCAGCCCAGGGUGAAGGAGGAGGAGCCCGCCCCCCUCGCCGAGGAUGACGACCACAAACUGAACGCCAAACACCACCCGCACCAGCCGGAGGGGCCACCAGAGGGCGCCGUCGAGAGGCUCAACGGCUCACUGGAGAAAUGCUAGUCAUUAAACAAUUACGGCCAUUUUGAAAAAAAGAAAAAUAGAAAAAGCUUAUAUCUAGACUAAGGUCUAUUUUAUUGUUUUGUUUGUACGCUUUGCUUUUAUCGUUUGCUUUUAUUUGCGUUUGGUUUUUAUCGGUGGUGUAAGAAAGCGGUGGCCAGAGCGAGGCUACAGAAGGCCAGGUUCUCAGAAUCUCACACGCUGACCGUACAGUAAACAAAAAAAACGGCACGUCUUCUCCUCUCGAAAUAUUACUUCAGAAUCAUUUACAGCUUUUUUUUUUUUUCGUUUCUUUGCCACUCAUGUUUUUUCAAA